UUGGCUGCUUCGUUCGUUUCUCGUGUCCUCCCUAAUGUCUAGGACGCAAUGUGUAGUUCCGCCUUGAAAGGGUGACAUCGAAAUAGUAAUACUAGUUGGAAUAGGAAAGGAAUUAGGCAAAGAGAAGGUGCGGUUUAAACACCGGUAUUUAAACAUAAAUCUAUCCCGGAGGAUUUGACGCGGAUCGAACGGAUACGUCUUCAACCCAAACGUGUUGAGUAGAGUGACCAGACAGGAAGAUGGAUGAGCUACAGGAUGUGCAGCUGACUGAGAUCAAGCCCUUGCUGACCAAUAAGAAUUCACGUAACUUCCAGGACUUUGACUGCCAGGAGCAUGAUAUCGAGACUACCCAUGGUGUGCUCCAUGUGACCAUGAGGGGCGUUCCCAAGGGCAACCGGCCAGUCAUCCUCACCUACCAUGACAUCGGCCUCAACCAUAAGUCAUGCUUCAACACGCUGUUUAACUUUGAGGACAUGCUGGAGAUCACGCAGCACUUUGCUGUGGUCCAUGUGGACGCCCCUGGACAGCAGGAGGCGGCACCACCCUUCCCCACAGGGUACCAGUACCCUACUAUGGACGAACUGUCUGAGAUGCUGCCCUCGGUUAUGACUCAGCUCAAGGUGAACAGUGUGAUUGGGAUUGGCGUGGGAGCAGGAGCCUACAUCCUAUCCCGGUUUGCACUGAACAACCCUGCUCUGGUAGAGGGCCUGGUUCUGAUCAAUGUGGAUCCGUGUGCCGAGGGAUGGAUCGACUGGGCUGCCUCCAAGCUCUCUGGGUGGACCAGUAACAUUGUGGACACGGUGAUGGCUCAUCACUUCAGCACUGAUGAGCUGACAGACAACCAGGAGCUGGUCCAGACCUACCGCCUUCACAUCGCCCAGGACAUCAAUCAGGACAACCUGGCCCUCUUCUGUGCCUCCUACAACGGUCGUCGGGAUCUGGAAAUCGAGAGGCCAGUCAUUGGUCUUAAUGAGGACACAGUGAACACACUGACGUGCCCUUCUCUGUUGGUGGUUGGAGACACAUCUCCUGCAGUGGAGGCAGUGGUGGAGUGCAAUUCCAGGUUAAAUCCAACCAAGACUACACUGUUUAAGAUGGCUGAUUGUGGAGGCUUACCUCAGGUUGUGCAGCCAGGGAAACUGGCAGAGGCCUUCAAGUACUUUGUUCAGGGUAUGGGUUAUAUUCCCUACGUUCUUCUCAGUCACCUGAGCAACGAAUCAGUGCCAACGGCUGGAAUGACUCGUCUGGCCCGAUCCCGCACCACCUCCUCUACCAGCAUCACCUCCAUGGACAGCAGCCGCAGCCGCAACAUCAACAACCUGCUGGAGGGAGCCAACACCACCGGGGGUCUGGACAACCAGCCUGGGCCCCAGACCAUGGAGGUCUCCUGCUAAACCUCCCUAUCUCUUCCUCACUCCACACUGGGUAGCAGCCCUCAGUGGUGCCCCUAUCCUCCUCCAGUAACUUAUGUCUCCCUGUCUCUCUCUCCAACCCUGCUCCUAAAUUACUCAAUCCCAGGGGGUUAUGUGAUGAAUUGUGUGAUUAAUAUGAGAAUAUAUAUACAAAUGCAUAUUAAAUAUUAUACCGUAUACACGUCAAACUUCCAGUCACAAGCGGAGGGGACAAAAUAAAGAAUGAGUCAGAUAUACAUAUACUGUAUACGCAAAGGGUCUAGAGAUGGUACGAUCCCCCACCUUUCAUUUGAUACGUGUGCAUGUCUCCUUGUGCAAAGUGAAUCUGGAGACUUACUCUUCCAGAUUCAAUUACUAUAUGUCCCUCUUAUUUUGUUUUUCCCAUUAUUGCCUUUCACAUAUUUUAUUUAUUUGGUUCACCAUGUGUCUGUGUGUAGAUGAUUGGUUCCUGCGUCACAGGAGGGGUUGAAGAGUCCCAUCUCUCACAUCCACUGUAGCCCAAACACACACUCCCUCCUCAGUCCUUCUCUAUUCCUCUUAUCUAGAACACAAUUACACUAAAUACCUACAUUCAUUGCACAUAUUUAGACCACUUUUUUAAUUGAUAUUUUUUACAUUGUGAACUGUGAACACACGCCUCCUUUGAUUGUGUGGCAAAGUGUAGAUGUGUGAUAUACUGUACUGUACCUUGCUGCAUUGCUCUGUUCUGCCGAGUCACUCCAUUCACACUGUAGAAUGAUCACUCAAGCUGGGUACAAAACAUAAUAUUCAUGAUUUUCAAUACAUUACUCUGCAUUGUGUUCUUUUCCCAGGUGUAUGUGACAAAAAAAACACAUUAACAAAUAUAUAGUGGCCCAAUUCACAGAAUAAAUGCACUGUAUUUUGGUUGGACUAGGACAUUAUACUUGCUUUUUAGGAGGAAUAUGGAAAAGCAUAAAGAAAGGCAAUAGGAAAGAACUGUGGGUCAAUGUGAUUGUGUAGAUUAAAUGUUCCUUUCAUCUGUUUGUUUUAAAAAUGCUUUUUCUUUGUAAUUGAUGUCAUCUUCUUCUGUUUUACACUUUUGUAGUUUUUUUUGUCUGUUGACUCAUCUCUUGAGUAGACAUAGACAAUGAAUAACAACUUCAGCCUGUUAUGAUGUGGAAAUGUGUUCAGUCUUCACUGAGGGUCAGUGGUGCUUCCCACUGUCUGCUGAUUCAACUCAUUUAUACUACUGUACUACUAAAUAAAGCUAGAAGAUGAAAAAUUGUUAA